AGAACAUCUUUCGGGCCAUUUUCGUGAGGACCCUCUUCGUUUUAUGAUGCAAAUGGGCGCAUUUUAUCAAGGAACGGGGUGGAGAAGUUAUAAAAACUAUAUCGGAACUCGAAUAUUUUACGAAGGAUACACUGAAGAGUUGAAAGAACGUGUAUUAAAUAGUGAACGUGCUGAGAAGCAGGUCAACUUUCUUUCACAGACUUUUCCAAAUGCCACCCCAAAAAUGAUUGCUAAGCGAAAGAAAAAGUUUGAAAAAGAGCUACAAAUCGUGGCCAACGGAAUGGUGGAUAAAUUAAUUGCCGAUCUUAAUA